AGUCUCUUCCCAUAGUUAGCCUUUCAUAUCCCAAGCCAUGGCUCUCUCCCACUCCUCGCUCGCCAUCUCUAUGUUACUCUUGUCAUUGGCCAUUAUCAGCUCUGCAACUGAUUAUGGCUAUUUCUCGCAACCCGGCGUUCAGAAACCUAAUCCAGAGGUUGAGAAGCCUACGCUAGGGUAUCUUCCAAAACCAGAGUUAGAAAAACUAAAGACAAGUGGUUCGGGGUAUGCCCACCAAGAGGUUGAGGAACAUAAAGGUGAUUGUAUGACGUCAAAGCCAAAAAUUGAGAAGCCCAAGACAGAUGGCUCCGGCUAUGCCCCAAAACCGGAGGUUUAUGAGAAGCCUCAAACUGGGUAUGCUCCAACACCAGAGACUGAAAAGCCCAAAACAGGUGAGCAUGUGGCAAAGCCGGAGAUUGAGCAAUCUAAUAAGACCAAUGGAUACGUUUCUGCCCCAAAACCAGAGGACAAGAAAUCUAAGACAGCUCCGAAACCAGAGGUAGAGAAACCUAAGGCGGGGUAUGCACCAAAACCAGAAAUUGAGAAACCCAAAAGUAAUGGUUAUGGGUAUGCCCCAGAGGUCUUGAAACCCAAGGCAGAUGGCUAUGGGUAUGCUCCAAAAACAGAGGAAGAGACACUCCUUUCUUACAUUACUGGCAUUCAAGGGAUGAUUUACUGCAAGUCCGGAGCCAAACUCAUUCCCUUACAAGGAGCUUUAGCGAGAAUCACUUGUCCCACCGUCGACAAGAACGGCCAUGCGUCGGCGGCUUUCUCCGUGGUGAGCCAGCCAACAGAUGCAAAAGGGUACUUCUUCACCAUGGUGUCUUCUUUUCAGCUUAAAGAUGUUCUGAAAGUUACAGAGUGCAAAGCCUUCCUUGAGAAAUCUCCAUCGGAGACCUGCAAAGUUGCCACAGAUGCGAACAAAGGGAUCGCUGGGGCUUCUCUAUCUUCUUAUAAUCUGCUCAAGCACAGGAACGUGAAGUUGUUCUCCGUUGGGCCUUUCUUCUACACUCCUGAAUCAAAACCUGCUAUCUCCAGGGGUUAUUAGAUUAUGUUUUAUUGAUCAGAACAGCAAACCAAAUGGUUCUUGUUGCCGUCAUUUUUCAUUUUCUUUUGACAUUCUUGAGGAGGAGGAGAGGGGAAAAGGGACUGGUUUUUGCAUUUUGCAUUUGAAUAUUUCUGAGGAGUUAAUCUCCACAAAUAAGUUUUUGAGGGCAUGCAAUGCCAUGCCCCUCUUGCUGGUGGAAUUCUUUUAUUUAUUUUCUUUGUUAAAUUUGAAAUUCAUGUCCAUUGUGAGGAUGCAAUGCAAUUUAUUCAUAAACAUUGCCAUUGGUGUAUUAUUGGU